GGAGGAUGCUGAAACAGUAAGCACGGUACGCGCUGACAGUCAAGAUUGAGAGUUCUGAGAGUGGUGUGGUUUGUGGGUGAUUAUUUGAUUUACAUUCAAAACCAUGGACAACAAAGGUUUUGAAUCAGAUAACACUCCGGCAGAGCUCAACAAGAGCUGGCACAUCCCCAGGCCCACACUAGCUAGAAGCUCAAAGAGUUCGCAGGGUUCGACAUCGAGCAAUAAUAGCACACAGAGUGCAAGGUCCGGUUCGUUACUACUGACAGCAGCUAAUUUAGCCCAAAUUCAAAAUGAAAACGCCGAUAAAAACACCAGACAACAAAACAUUCAGUAUUACCUCGAACAAACAAACAACAAAGAUCAUAUAGCACUACCCGUUAAUGAUUUGAAGAAACCAGAUCCAGAUGCUGUUUCAGUAGCAAGUUCGAUGCAUUUUACCGUAGUCAAUAUGAACACGAAACCUGUGGUCAGGCAAAGAAGUUUCUGUCGAAAACACCAAUUGACGAUUCUAGUUUUGACGAUGUCCGCUUUGUUUACCAUAGGGAUCAUGGCGGCGAUAUUUCUUUUAGAAAUGAGAGCGAAAAGACAACGGUACUAGGAUUAAGACAAGCAUAGACAUUUCUCGCCUAGAGGCUAAAAAUUGACGAAGAAGCACUGAAAUGUCAUGCUUACUUAUUAACGUAGUUAGUUAUUUAAUUUACUAUUUAAUUAGAAUUAGCAACUGGACCAAAAUCGUGGUUGUUUUAAAUCAUAAGCUAUCCAUAAGUAUUCGUUUUGAUGUUACUGUGAUAUGUAAAAGCAAUCAUUACAGCAUUGUAUAGUAUUUAUGAACAAUUUUAAGGCAGGUACUGAACCUCCUUGAAAAACUUGUAAAUUGAUUUUUAAUUAAAUUAUAUAAAUAAAUCAUUUCCUACAAAA